UUGAACGAGGAUGACAUCUUCAACUGGAACAUUGGACUUAUUGUCCUCAACCCGGAUUCUCUGUACUAUGGCGGUUACUUCAAAGCCAAGAUGACUUUUCCCAACAACUACCCGUACUCACCACCAGAAUUCCGGUUCCUGCGCCCCCUUUACCACCCGAACAUCUACGAGGACGGCAAGCUGUGCAUAUCGAUCCUUCAUGCUCCAGGUGAGGAUGAAAUGUCGGGUGAAUUGGCCGCAGAACGGUGGUCGCCAGCGCAGCGGGUGGAGUCGGUGCUGAUAUCCAUCUUGUCGCUCCUGGAUGAUGCAGAAGUGUCUUCGCCGGCGAACGUGGAUGCCGGAGUGAUGUUGCGGCGUGAGCCCGAGAAAUACAAGGAGAUCGUGAGGGAGAACGUGGAGGCGUCUAAGAAGGACAUCCCGGAGGGCUUCGUCAUGCCGACCCACGAAUCUACCAUGAAGCGUCCCGUCGAGAAGACGGAUGAUCUCGACUUCUGGGCUGACAGCGACGACGACGAUGUGUUUGGCGGCAGCGACUCUGAUGAGGAAAUGAACUUCGACAGUGAGGACGAAGAGGAGAGCUCUUAA